UGAAUGACAUAAGUCAUAUAAUAACCUUAAAGCCAAAAUAUUAUUAAAGUUAUAUUUUGUUCUCAUUAGAGUAAAAAUCUUUGAUUUUGUUCUUCAACAUUUUAUUAUUUCAUUAUCAAAUGUGGAUCAGAUAAUUUUAGUACAAGUAUACUUUUAUUAAAUAAAAUAUGUCAGCGGCAAAACGAGUUCAGCAAUGGGCUACAUUUGCUCGAACAUGGCAUAUAUUUGAUUGCAAGUGGCAAGAUCCGUAUCAAUCGGCCAACAUUAUUAAGAAGUAUCUAAUGGGUUUACAUAAGCCUAUAUACCACCCAAUGAAUGAUUGUGGUGAUGUGGUUGUUUGUAUAAAUAGUAGGGAAAUUGCUCUUCGAGGGGAUGACUGGAGAAAACGAGCUUAUUUUCAUCACACAGGAUAUCCAGGAGGGGCUUCUUGGACACUAGCAUGGGAACUACAUAACAAAGACCCAACAAUGAUAAUUAAAAAGGCCGUAUACAGAGCUAUGAAAGGAAACCUACAAAGAAGACACACAAUGGAAAGGUUAUUUAUUUAUCCCGGAGAAGAAAUCCCUGAAGACAUCAAGCAGAAUGUUUCAAACCAAAUAAGACAGCUCCGGCUAGUUCCCCAAAGACUUGACCACAUACCCGAGGAAGAAGUUCAACAGUAUCCCAAAGUUAUGGAGUAUCCACCUGAUUAUGUUCUCAAAUAGUUACAUAAAACAAAAACAUUAAAAUAUAUUAGUUAUAGUGGAGUUCAAUAAAUUAGAAUAAUAUAAGUA